AGUGCGCAUGCGCCUUGUCCCUACGCGGUGUCUGGGCGCCGGGGUCUGCACGGAAACAUGGCAGAGGUUGGGUCCAAGUCAGUGCUGUUCGUGUGUCUCGGUAACAUUUGCCGGUCACCCAUUGCAGAAGCAGUAUUCAGAAAAUUGGUAACUGAUGAAAAGGUUUCAGAUAAUUGGAGGAUAGACAGUGCGGCUACAUCCACCUAUGAAGUGGGGAACCCUCCUGACUAUCGAGGGCAGAACUGCAUGAGAAAACAUGGCAUCCACAUGCAGCACAUUGCACGGCAGAUUACAAAAGAGGAUUUUGCCACAUUCGAUUAUAUACUAUGUAUGGAUGAAAGCAAUCUGAGAGAGCUGAAUAGAAAAAGUAAUCAAGUUAAAAACUGCAAAGCUAAAAUUGAGCUACUCGGGAGCUAUGAUCCACAGAAACAACUCAUUAUUGAAGAUCCCUAUUAUGGCAAUGACUCUGACUUCGAGGUGGUGUACCAGCAGUGCCUUAGGACUUGUAAAACCUGCCCCAUAGGCUCUGGUCUAGAGCUGGAACAGGAAUCUAGUCCAGUGGUCUUGAAGCUAGAAAAUGAAGACUACAUAUAG